UGCCAGGUAGCUGUGAAAGACAAAGCCCUGUGGAGGGAAAGAAAAAAGAUGACUACAAAUUCUUCAUCCUCCUUUCCUCCUGGCACACUGUGUUUCCCACUUGUUCACUUUCUGCCUAUGCCCCUGACUUGGGGCAUAGUGAAAGGAGACAGUGCUGAUUGAAGUUACACCAGAACCAAUGAGGUGGUGGUCAGGUGUGCUGUUCAGGGAAUUGGACACACAGUCUGUUGGCCUUCCAUAAUGGUGAUGUGAGGACCUUUUUCUAGCACACUUCUUAUGUUCCCACCCUGGUGUAACAUCAGUACCCUGGUCAGAACCCAAGUGCUGUGGAUGAUAUGCUAGAUGAGGAAAACAAGCGCAUGGCAGAAAACCUAUCCACUAAAGUCACCAGGCUAAAAUCGCUUGCACUGGACAUUGACAAAGAUGCUGAAGAUCAAAAUCACUACCUGGAUGGCAUGGAUUCUGACUUCAUGAGUGUGACAGAUCUUCUAACAGGGAGCGUGAAGCGUUUUUCCACUAUGACCCGGUCAGGGAGAGACAAUCACAAACUCCUGUGUUACGUGUCUACUGGACUAAUUGUUGUCUUCUUCAUCCUCUAUUAUUUGGUGACAAGGACUUGAGAGAAAUUGUCAGGAUCAUUACACUAGAAUGCUUGUUGAAGGAAAAAAAACUGAUAAUUGGAAAGUGGGGGGAAAUGCUUUGGAAGACUUUCAAAUGUGUAUCCUGGGAAGGAUUGUUCACAUGUUCACAGUGGUCCAGAGACUUCUUUAUGAACUACAAGUGUCACCUUUCUUGGUGGUUGUGUGUGUGUGUGUGUGUGUGCGUGUGCGUGCGUGUGCGUGUGUUGUUUUUAUAAAAAAUAUACUGUAUUUUGUCAUUCUCCCUUUGAACGCUUAAAUACAGCAUAAUUCACCUCCUUGUUGAAAUGAAGCCUUCAUACAUUUCCUUAACCACACUGUUGGGCAGGAGGGGAAGCUUGCUGGUGAUGUGCUUCCUAGGGUUUGGAGCUCAGCAAGAACAUCCUGAUGCUCAUCUCACAGCAGAGAUGUUCCAAUGUUCAGUUUAUUUGAAGAUGUUGCCUAGAGGAAUGUGAUAUUAGGAGGCAUACAUCCGAGAACUAGUCUAGCUUUGCUGUGGACACUUUCCUUGCAAAACUGUUUAGCUUUAACUCUACUUCUGGAAACAUCAGCACUUACACAGUCCUGUAUUUACUUGUUACUUUGAGGUCUUGCUUAGUAGUAUAGAGAUACUUAGAAUACUUAUAAUGAAAGGGGAAAAGACAGCUUGAACAGAUGUUAUCACUUCUGCUUGCUUUCUACUCAGUGUCCUCGCUGGAUUAUUUAUAUUUGUCUGUGGCUAUACGCAACCAAAUAACAACAUCUGUUUUAUAUCUGAAAGCAUUUCAUGUAUUUAAGGGGUUUCCUUCUGUUUCCAAAUUAAACUUUCUGUGGAGUGCUUUAUCUGUCAUAGCUAGCUCGUAAAUAGUUAUACCCUUUAAUCCAAACACCUCUCAGAAAUUACAUAACUUUCUCCUUAGGUUUUUUUUAAAAAUCAGAGUGUGUGUGUGAAGGAGAGGGAGAGAGAGAGAUAGACUAGGCUUUGGCACCCAGAGUGCCAAAUAGGUUUGACAGAAAAAUUGGAACUAAGCUGGGGUGUGUGGGUGUGUUUAUCUCAUCUAGUAGCCUAACAUUCUGAUUUCCCUGAAAUUAUUUACUGUACAAACAGAAGAAUGUAAUGAUUUGAAAAGAAGAAUGUAGUGGCAAUCCAUUCUGAAUCUUGCUUCAAUUGGUACACUGCUCUGAUUUGGAUGCAUUUUAUCUUGGGUAAAUCACUUGUGUUUGUCAAUUAUUCCACAACCUGUCACUGUAGCAAUAGCCUCUUCAUGUUGCUUUUUAACUUUAAAAUAAAAUUAAGCAGGUUUUAAAUA